GCGGGCACGCUUAGAAAUGCUUCAGUACGAAGUUACAGUUUAGAUACUGAAAUGAAUCUACGAAAGCGUUGUCAGUUGGCGUUGUAAACCAUAUCACAGAUUCCUUACCCUCCAACUUCCUAUCGAAGCGGUUAUGGUUACGGUCACGGACAAUGUAAACCGUCUUUUACGGUUAUGUGCUGGCACCCAUAGUUUUUUUUUUGGUGUGUGUGGGCGAAUUUUCACAGAUAAUCGGGGGUUAUUAAAGGAUGGACAAUCGCUAGUCAACACUAAACGACCAACGAACAAUUCCGCACAAGCGGAACUCAAUUCGAAUCCAAAAUAUCAUGAGGAUCUGACGUUACUCGAAUUCCCUAACCGAAUUUGAUUUAUUAAUAACGAAUAAACAAUUGACUAUCAAACAUCGAGAACUCAUUAUAAAACACCAUCAAACGAUCAACAACCGGUUAAAAACAGAUCAACUUCUUUGGGUGUGAAUGAGCGGCAAAGCAUAUGGAGCUCUUGCUCCAUUUUAUAAACUUCACGACUUCUAAUAGAGCUUUUACUUCGUGGAUUGAAUAAACAUGGCAGACGCGAUUGCUAGACGAGAGGCUCGGCGUAAACGAAUUUUGGAAAAUUCAGAGACUCGAUUGCAAAGAAUUACUAGUGGACAGCGUAUCGGACACGAAGAUGUUCAUCCUGACCUAACCCAACCAAAGAAUGACGAUUUGGUCAAAACUUACUUAGAACAUCAAGAUUACGUAACCCUAACAGAGUCAUUGCCAAAUAAUUUACAUAGGCGUGAGGGUUCAUCUAUGGAUGAUAGUCCUGCUUUGAUGAACCAUAUUGUACAGAAUGAGACACAGAACAAUACUGUUACAAACAAAGUUACGAAUGUACCAAACAAUGAUAAUAAGAAUGCUUCUAUCAAAAAAGUAUUUCAAUCUGCCGAUGCAGGUGUGUUAUUCAGUGUAUUUGGAAACAAAUGGACGCUCGUACUCCUUGCAGCGCUCGUAAAUAUUUUAUAUCUUUUGCAACUGCAACGUUUCUGUGGCAAGGAUAUUCUUGUACCAUUCUUUACACUGGUGUUGGUAAGACUGCAUCUAUUUGAAAAUAAAGCAGAAAUGCAGGGUGGAAACAUGUUAUCUGCGGUUCUAAUAUUGUGUAGCGUGGAUCCUAAACUCGUUCGUAAUCUCAGAUGGGUCAUGAGAAUAUGUAGAAAAGUUGUAGAAGAAUUUUCAAUCUAUAUCUUCAGCUUUAUCGUCCUGCACAAUGUGGCUUCAUUGUAUUAGCACGACAUUGAUAUAACAGUUCUAACAAUUGAUUUAUCAAAUAAUGAGCUACUGCAAUAUACAAUAAAUCUUUUUUACUUUGCAACGAAACGUCGCCUGAAAAUUGGAUGUCAAAUAAUGAAACACUGUCCUUCUAUAAAUUAAUUAUAAUAUAUAUACUCAUAAUAAAUUUUCUUUUUUUUGAAAACCUACCUCUGUAUUCGAAGAUUCCAUCAAGGCGAAUUGAUUUCCAGAAAAUAGAAAAGGGACAAGGAGUGUUUUUUUUCCCUUUUUAAUGGGAAGUGAUGCUCAAAAACGUAUUUCGACUCCUUGGUCACAGCUAUAUUUCAUUUAAUCUUAAUGUCUGGAUUACAAAUAUUUGUUUAAGGAACAUCUACAUUUCAAUCUUUACGAAAUAUGACGAUAAUCAUGAUUAAUAAUGAUCCUUCCAAACGAAUCACUUUAGAUGAUUGCAGUGAAAUAUUAGUUUCACCCAGUAUAAUGUAUCCCUACAAACAGUCAAAAAACGAAAUUGGUAAAUAAAUAUUGCAGUAUACAUAAUAAGUUUUGCGUGCAGCAUAUGAAAACUAGUUUGCUAAUUAAGAGAAGUACUAAAAAUUAUGUCGAUGCACAAACAAAACAGAGUAUAUGAGUUAUAUUAUUAUUUAUUUCUGUAAUUGAAUAACACACACACACGCACACACACACACACACACACACAAGGGAGAGUGAGGCAAAAUGGGCCCCUCAACAACGUUUAACGUUGGAACGAUUUUGGCAACACAAUUCGUUUUGUCUUUGGCCUAAAAAUACAUUUCAAGCAUUAUCGAUAUUUUUUGCAUUUGAUUGUACAGGCAGCCCAUUUUGCUCGCCUCUCCCCUAUACAAAUUGUUCUUAAGAUGUGGAGGAGGUUCACUAGUUUAGUCGCUGCAGGGAAUAGAGAGGAAUGGUUUCAAGUGCAGUUAGUCUUCCUCACUGGCCAUAGUAUGCCCGGCAGAACCUACAAGCUAACGCAUUUGGUUACGUUAAUAUUAAUUACUCACAAGUGAUACAGCUAAGGGAUUCAGAUUUUAUAUGCGAAUUUUUGGAUAGGUUUUUUGUAGUUUCAUAUUUCUUAAUUCAACUUUCUUCUUUUUAAAUAAUUAUUUUUAUUUAAAAACGCGAUUUUUUGUGUCUUCUGUAAAAGCUCGUACAUAAGAAUUUAAUUUUCUUGUUUCAUUAUGGGUGAACAGCGGAGACCAACAGUUCAAGUACAUAUACUUCUAGUCGUGGAGAAAAUAUUUUUAAAAAUGCAGUUUUUCUCCACAUUUUUAUGGACCUUCCUCAGGAUAAUUGAUACUAAUAUGUAAGUAAGUUACUUGGUUUAUAUACCUUUUAAUUUUAAAUCAUUUUAAGGAUUAGCAAAACUUUUAACCUUUGAAACAAGUUACAAGGGUCUAGUUACUUAGAAAUUAUAUAAAUAGUCGGUCGAUGGAACCUGUUUAAGGCAGUAUUCUACUUUACAUCUUUGAAAAAAACUCUAUUUUUGUGAAUUGUUUCUGAGAAUACUAUUGAAGAUAUGGAUGUAGGGUGUGAAAUGUUUAAUAAAUGCACUCUUGAAGUACAUAAAAAAAACUUUCUUCAUUUAUUUUAUACAUUUUUUAUGCAUGUAAAGUAUGGUCAAAACCAACACCUCAAAAAGUAGGGAAGGUUGCCGUCGUCGUAAAAUCUUGCCGACGGAUGGUUUGAACCAAAAAAAUCAGAUAGUUUUAUGUUCAGUAUGACUCCAGGAACCGAUCUAAGUAGAAUAUUUUAUGUAUGUGCAAAAUCAACAAAAUGACGGCUAAAAUACGAAAGAAAAAAAAGAAUUGCGUUUUUUUUUUGCGUCUUUUUUUGCAAUAAAAAUAUAGUUACAAUUAAAAUUUGAAGUUGAUUGUAGUUAGGUCUGUCGAUACAAACAUAUAGAAUAUGUGUUCAAAAUUUCAUAAGGAUCGGUCCAAUAGUUUUUGAGUUUUCACGACCACGAUACUUGAAAACGUUGUUUCGAGAAAAACGCGUUUAAAGUUUUUGUAAGUGACAAAUCGUAGAAAAAAUGAUCUUACGCUCCAUCAGCGAUACCUGGGCCAUAUAAUAUACCUUCAACUUGUUCCAGGUGAGUAUGGUCAUCUAAUCUAGCCUGCUUUUUUUGAGUUCUGCUCUCCUUAGAAGCCUCAAUCGAGCGGUGGUUCUCUCGAACGAUGCGCUGUUGGUUGCGCAUAUUGUUGAACUGUAUGGUGGUUUGGCCGAUUUUCAUGCCCAUAAUUUCCAUUAUUUUCAAAACUGGGCUGAAUCUUUCGAAAAUUUUGAGCUAACAUUCGUCAAUAUAUUUACUUUUGAAAAAAGUAAAAAAAAAUUUUUUUUCAGUUGUAAAGUAGAAUACUGCCUUAACAGAAAGUGUAUAUUUUCCAGAUACAACAUUUACUCAAAUGACUAGUUACUUAUUAGUUAAGAUUAACAGGGCAUCCACUAUAUUAUUUACAGAAGAGUAUUUGAAAAAAAAGCUAUGCUCAUUGUCAAGGUUGGGAAUAUCUUAGAAUGAAGCUGUAUAUAAUAUGUAACUUAAUUACAUGCGGAGAAUGGUAGAAAAACUGUAUGAAUUAGAAAAAAAAUUGCUAACGACCAAGUUAAUAUACAUUAAAUAGACAUAUUACUAACAUACUCUUUGAGUCAAACAUAGUAAAAUCUUUUAUUAUUCUGACACUACCCCAUGUGCACACGUACAAGUGAAUUUCACGGGAAGAAUUGUCGAAGAGGAGAGACUACUUUUCGAAUGUUUUGUAACGAAAUGAUUCCUUAUUGAAAAUUGUUGUGGGUGAAAUAGCAGUUUCAGAUCACAGUUAAAUUGAAAGUAACGAAAGAAAUUGUUAUAACAUAUUCCGUGACAGCUGGACAGGCUUGUUCAUACACUCACGUCACAUGGCUGCCACGGAAAUGACUGAAUAGCAUUUCGGUUGUUUAACGAUUCACGGCACUUAGAUACCACUAGAAUUUAUUCCACCAACAACAAAACAGCAGCGUGAAUAGGAUAAUUGCAACUCCAUUGUUAGUUAAGCUCUAUACCUAUACUGAUAUUUUGUGUCUGAGCCUUCGCUUGACCCAAAUGAAAUUAUCUUCUGCCAUGGACUUAUGGACGGAGCCUCUCCCAACGGGGCUGAAGCGAAAGACGGAAGGGGCAUCAGCGCCGUCAGCCAUAUUGAUGAGCUAAAUAGAUAUAGAUAUACAUAUACAGCUAAAUAGAUAUACAUAUGAAUACCACGGAUAUAUAUAAGCGUUUACGGCUUGCCUUUGACCAGCCCCCUGACACACGCUGCUAAAAGUGGUUCGCAAAAUGUCCCUCGAUUCUGCCGCCAAUUUCCACCACUAGCGAGCGAACGUGUCACAAGUCUACUAGCGCCACGUAGAGGAACUAAAAAACGGGGACAAAACGCGUACAAUUUUUUAAGUAUGCGAGCAGUGGCGAGUGUCAGGGACCUGCCUUUGACGGAUCGUUGUUGUUAUUGUAUAGGUUAGGUCAGAAGGUAUCCAAUAAUUUUCCACAACGAUAUUUUUAAUUGAAUAGUGAGUGAGAAUAAUAUACAACAUGCCUUAUUGUGUAGCUCCUAAGUGCAAAAACAGAUCUUUUUCAAAACCCAAAAAUCAAUGUGAGAUUGAAGUAGAGAAUAAGACUACAUUUCAUCUUUAAGUAUAAGUAACGCUUCUGGAACUGUAAAUAAUGUCAAUGCUGUAAUACCGAGUAAUGUACUUAAUUCUAUAUUCAUUCAAGUUUUCCGAAGAAUAUUGAGAGGCGUAGGAUAUGGAUUGAUAAGAUGGGGUUGACGAACGUAAGUAUGCUAAAGUAUGCUUAUUUGGGCAUUUCUCCACUAAAUGGAAAAUCGCUGUCAUAAGCUAAAUUUAUGAAAUAAAUCUUAAAAUUUCUCAGUUUGUUGUAUCAAUACCGACAUAGAAUUAGGUAUUCUUGGCACGCCAUAGCUUAUUUAGGAAUUUAAUAAUGGAAUAUUCGAAUAAAUGAACCUCAGACGUCUCAAAACACAGUCCCCUGGUACGUCCCUUUUCCAGAAUUACAAAUCUUGUUACAAAUAUUUAUUUUUGUGCCGUUGAUAAUUGAAUAAAAAAUAUCCAAAUACAUUAACAAAAAUAGUUAGCAUCUUUAUACAUCACAAUUAUAUUUUUACAAUAGAAUUUUAAUUAAAAUAUCCAUGUGUGAAUGCUGUCCUCAAAUUAUUAAAACAGUCCCUUGUUAAAACUUUAAAACCGCGCUGAAGUCAUAUUUAGUUUUGGCGCGAAGUAUUUAGAUUGCGAAACGGAACGCAAUCGGUGUGAAGUUUGUUCGGUUGUGUCGCUAGCGGGCAGCCAUCAUUUUGUUUGGUGCUACUACUGCGUCUUCUGGUGAACCACGCGUCUCGGCCGUUAGUAAAAACACCGUGGUAAAAACAUUCCCCUGGUAUUAUCUCAAAAUGCCACUGAAAAAGAAGUCACCCAGAACAAGAGAAGAAAUACUUGAACAAAAACGUAUAGCUGACCGUUUGAGAUAUCGACGACUUAAAAAUGACCCUCAAAAAAAAGAAGAAUUGAAAGAUAAAGAAAGGCAGAAGUAUCAACAGAAAAAAGAAAAAGGUAAAAGAAAAUUAGUUAAAGAUAUGAGUCUUCGUGAGCAUAAGGCUGUAAAAAAGGUUUGGAGAAAGCAUUGUUCUAAGUAUCGUGUAAAAAAAAAGUCAUGAAACUAACUGUAACUUUUAUGAAAAUUUGUGAUAAAAAGGGCCACAAGUUUAGAAUG